AUGCUGCCGAUUCUCACCUGGGCCUACCUGCGUCACCUUGCCGUGCAGUACCAUGCCGAUCCGGCCGGACCAGCAUUCGGGAGCGUGCAGCCGCGCGAACCAGCGACACCAUAUCGAUUCGCCGUAGAGAACUUCCCGGGGAGCCAUGGCUUCCACUGUGACCCGAUACCGAUGCCCCACGGGGGCUCACUUCCCGCAGCGGGCACCAUCAGCAACGCGUCCGAUGAGGGCCGAGGCUUUGGGCCAGAUUUAGAUCGACGCCCCGGUGACCUUCGAUUCCGGCCACCCAACUGUGGCUCGAAGUUAGAUAUUCGCUUCGGCUUAGGUAACGAUUCCGGAGCUGGGAUCCUACCGCCCUCUGCGUCGGUGGAGCUCGGUGGCAGCGCCUUUACAUCGAGCAUGCGUUUCCGGGAGCAGGAGGGGGACACGUUCGGAGUUUCGAGGCACGUUCCUGUCGCCGUCGCCGCUGCCGCCACGGGAUCUCCCUCGCCACUCACCACCGUCCAGCCUGGACUGGUAAGUUCCGUUGGUUCGUUCGUCGCGGUGAACGAUGCCAUCGGCAUGAACAUUACGCCGGCCUUAUCGCAGGUCCUUUUAGCGCCGCCCGCAACCAGCGGCUCCGGAGCGUCCAUCAUUGCGGCCGCGAACGGCGCCGCCGACGACAACGGAACGCGGGGCGAGGAGAUAAAUUCCUUUUACUUUUAUGAGACUGAACAGUUCGCGGUGAUGUGGGUGCUUUUCACCGUGAUCGUCCUGGGAAACUCGGCCGUGCUAGUGACGUUGAUGCUGAAUCGGACCCGCAAGUCACGAAUGAAUUUCUUCAUAAAGCAGCUCGCCAUAGCCGAUCUGUGUGUAGGUUUGCUGAGCGUCCUGACGGACAUCAUAUGGCGCAUCACGGUGGUUUGGCGUGCCGGAAAUGCCGCCUGCAAAGCGAUCCGAUUCGUGCAGGCGUGCGUCACCUACGCCUCCACGUACGUCCUGGUGGCGCUUAGCAUCGAUCGGUACGAUGCCAUCACCCAUCCGAUGAACUUCUCCGGCUGCUGGAGCCGCGCUCGGAGGCUGGUGGCAGCCGCUUGGAGUUUCAGUAUCCUUUUCUCCCUACCGAUAACAUACUUUUACGAGGAGCGACUAAUACAGGGAAAAAUGCAAUGCUGGAUCGACCUGGUAGAGGCGUGGCGGUGGCAGCUUUACAUGUGCUGGGUGUCGGGAUCACUCUUCGUCGUCCCUGCGCUCAUCAUUUCCGCCUGUUACGCCAUCAUCGUUCGGACAAUUUGGGCCAAAGGCACCAUUCUCGGCCCAAUCGAUCGAACACACAAUGGGAUGGCGGACCUGGCCAGUAGGAGGGCCAGUUCGCGUGGCAUCAUUCCUCGCGCCAAGGUGAAGACGGUCAAGAUGACGAUCGUGAUCGUGAUCGUGUUCGUGGUGUGCUGGUCACCGUACAUCAUCUUCGAUUUGCUGCAGGUGUUCGGCAAGAUUCCGCCAACGCAAACCAACGUGGCCAUUGCCACCUUUAUCCAAAGUCUGGCCCCGCUCAACUCGGCCGCCAACCCGCUCAUCUACUGUCUCUUCUCGACGCAAGUUUGUCGCAUGAUCAAGAGACUGCCGCCCUUCCGAUGGUUGUGGUCGACGAAAUGGUGCUGCCGGCCGCACGAUUCCGGCAACCUUCCGCUCGGCAACGGAACGACGGCCAACGGGACGGCACACGGCCGUUUCCACAACCACAACAGCAGCGACUCGAUGCGAACGCUGACCACUUCGUUGACCGUUUCCCGGCGAUCCUGCCUCCGCCCGCCCCGGGUCGUCAUCGUCGAGCGGCCAAAGACGGAACUCGCCAUGUCUGAGGUGUAA